AUUCUCAUGAAUGGACGUCGUGUUUAAGUUGGAGAGAAGAAGAAAAAAUGCCGUCGUUCAAUAGGGCGAGCCGCGAGGUGACGUCAGCAACGGUCUGACAGCCGAGCCGACGUCGCAGAAAUGGAGGAAGUGAGAGUGUUUCCCCUGACCUGUGCUGUGCAAAAUUAUGCAUGGGGGAAAAAUGGCCUGGACAGCGAGGUGGCCAAGCUGGUGACUGGAGGAGACCCACUCGCUGUCAUAGAGGACGGCAAGCCCUAUGCAGAGUUGUGGAUGGGCGCCCACCCAAAAGGCGAUGCUCAGAUCAAGGACAACAGGAUUGCACAGACCACACUGGGCGAGUGGAUCGCCCACUUCCCCGCCUGCCUGGGCUCCAAGGUUAAGGACACCUUUCAUGGUCAGCUGCCCUUCCUCUUCAAAGUCCUCUCUGUCAAUACAGCUCUGUCCAUACAGGCCCACCCCAACAGGGAGUUAGCCGCUCGUCUCCAUGCUCAGUUUCCGCAGCACUAUCCAGACAACAACCACAAGCCGGAGAUGGCCAUUGCUCUCACCCGCUUCCAGGGCCUCUGUGGCUUCAGGCCGGUGGAGGAGACCCUGGCAUUCCUUAAAUGUGUCCCAGAGUUCCACACUCUGGUGGGCAACGCGGCAGCAGAAGAGCUGCGAUGCAGCAUGGGAGAUGCAGUCCGUACGAGCCAGGCUCUGAAGAAGUGCUUCACCAGGAUGAUGCACUGUGAGAAGAAGGUGUUCGUGGACCAACUCAACAUGCUGGUGAAGAGAGUUACUGAAGAUGGUGCCGCAGGGAAGGACACGUCGAGCAGCAACGGCGACCUGUUGCUCCGUCUCCACUCCCAGUAUCCUGGAGACAUUGGCUGCUUUUCCAUCUACUUCCUCAACCAUGUGGUCCUGGAUCCUGGCCAGGCCAUGUUCCUGGGAGCCAAUGAGCCUCAUGCUUAUCUUUAUGGAGACUGUAUCGAGUGCAUGGCCUGCUCCGACAAUACCGUGAGGGCCGGUCUCACGCCCAAAUACAUCGACGUCAACACGCUGUGUGAAAUGCUGAACUACAGCCCUGCCCCCUCCGCGUCCAAACUCUUCCCCUGUGUCCAGGACGCUUCAGACCCCUGCGUGUCUCUGUACGACCCCCCGGUGCCAGACUUCACCGUCAUGAGGAUACAGGUCCCAGCAGCAGCGAAGCAGUACAACGUGGCCCCAGUUGACAGCGCCAGCAUCCUCCUGGUCAUCGAAGGCGACGCCACGGCGACCUCCGUUGCCGCUCUCUCCGACGUCACGCUGAGGCGGGGCACCGUCCUGUUUGUCUCGGCCAACGAGAGCGUCUCCCUGCACGUCACCUCCCCGUCGGGGAUGAACAUGUUCCGAGCCUGCUGCCUCCUGUAGUUGUGAGUCUGCGGCUGUGUGUGACUUAUGUGCACUUUUUAGUAGGUAGUAUGUGAAGGAUCUUUCAGAUGCCCGUCUGUGCCUGCUGCUCCACUUUUAACCCAAACUCAGCGUGCAGACUGCUGUGUCACCCCCUUUAUACCAGCGACAGACUUCUUGAGCUUUAAAAUCCAGCAGUGAUCCAUUGCUGCUGGAUUUUAACUGAUCUUUUUUUAAUUUAUUUUUUUACAUGUGCUGGUGCAACUUUAUUGCAACUUUGCAUCCUCAACAGAAAAAGAUGCACAUGUCACAAAUUCUUCUUAGGUGCUCAAAAGUGCUGAACAAAAGAAGAGCAGUAAAAUAUAGUCAGGUGUCACUUUAUUAGGUACACCUAGAUAGGACUAAUGCAGUCCAAAACAAUACUGGAAUAAAUUGCAUGAAACACAUGUUGAAACUGUUUUAGAGAGCUGUUGAUUCAACUCAUAGGUCAGUGUAGAAGAUGCAGUCUGUGGUGCUGUUGAGCUGUAAUGCAUAAUGCAGAGAAAUGUUUCUGCUAUUUAGUCUUCCUUCAUUGAUAAAUGAGAUGGACAUAAUAAUAGAAACGUGUGACAGUGUAACAGUUGAUUUCUAAAAAGACAUAAUUUGACCAUGAGACUGCUUAGGUUAAAGACAAGUGUACCUAAUAAAGUGAGUCUGCAACCCUGAACAGAACCCUGUAUACAAUACAUAUAAAGUACACAUGACGCGGUUUAGAUCACUUGACCCUCAUCAGGUCACCGACGAAGAACCUGAUUGUUUAUGAUGAAGUUCAAGUGAUCAAAUGUUGAGUAUGAAACGUCUUGACCUUGGAAACAUCAGUGCACGUUAGUAGGGGAAACAUUACUCAUAGGAUUAUGAAUUAAAUCUCUAGUACCACUAAUAAACAGACCUCUUGGUUACUUUUUUCAUUGGUCAGUCAGUGUUCCUGAGUGUUUUACUUCUUACUCCAAGUACACUUACAGCUGUACACUUCCUUUUUUAGGUCUGGCGUAAGGAUAACACUCACUGACAGACAGUAUUUGGAAAAGCAGGGGAGGGGAUACGUUUAGACUGGUGCAGCUCAACACCACUCGCUGCUUUGUACAACUACAGUACCACCUCGCCAAUGACUGAGCAUGGUGGUUGUAUGGCCUGGAUGUCGUCUUCCUAUUUUAUCAUUUUAACUUUAGCUUGAACAAGUAAAUAGAAACCAUUGGGAGGGGGAAGAAAACAUUCAUAUAUCGAGAGUUGACAAUAUAUAGUGUAAUACUACUGAGAUGCCUGUGCAUGUUUUAUUUACAACACACUGGACUCGAGCCCUGCUGAGUAUUACAGCUGUUAACUGUGACCAGCGCAUGUUAUUGGCCUGGGAACGUAUCAUCAAAGUAGUGAACAGUCAGACAGAUUAAUAAGGGGCCACUCUCUCAUGAAGCAUGACAUCAUGAGAAUCAGGAAUGCAUACUGAUUGAAACUGUAUGACAAAAAAAAUGCACUACUGCUGCUUGCUGCAUACUUAAAACAUUUUUUUGACCAGAGCCCAUUUACACAAAUCCACAUAUUGUAUGUUUGUACGAGAAAAAUGCUGCAGUCCAUUUUGUAUUAUCGGAACAAACUUUUGAGUAUUUGAAUCCAAACUUUUCAGACUUUGUAUGUUUUCGAAAGUUUGUAUUGAUCCACCAGCGAGACAUCAUAUACCGAGAGAGAACAUCCCUGAAUAUGUUACCUGUACAUUAUGAAAUCAAUGAGGGACAGGUUCGUCUCCACGAUAUAAUCUUUUGUGGUGACCACUUUCCACCACGUUGGUACAAUAUUUCAACUUGAUUGGUUCAGUCUGGUGCAAACGUAUUGAGCCGACCCUGCUGAAGCUUUUACUAGAGCCCGACCGAUAUUAUUGGCCAACUGAUUUGAGCCUUUAAAUGUGCAUUUAUGUUUACAUUUUUAUGUAAACAUAAAUGUUUAUUAUAAGUUCUAUGUAUUUGGUUGUAUUUGUGUUCUCAAUUUAUAGUUAAAUUAUGAUAAAGUUGAUGGUUUAACUAAAGUAUCAAGCCUCAAUGACAUGUCUUUGUCAUUAAGGUUUGAUAACGACAUCUUAAGAAUCAUUGACAGAUUUAAAAAUAUAUAUAUCGGCCAAUGUAUCUGUAUCAGGAAUCUUGUACUCCCAAAAAUCCAUAUCGGUCGGGAUCUAGCUUUUACCUUCUACCUGACCACGAUAGUGUUGUGGGUUGAUCUCCAUGCUUGUCCCCAAUUUAGAUGCAUUAAACUUUGUUAUUUGUUUGUGAUAAUACUGUUUGGUGGAAAAAAUGGAAUGUGUUAAUACUUCAAAAUUACUGCAGCUCUUUGAUUAAAAACCAUUACCUCAUAAUCAUUCUUCCAUAUCUUUUAACAACUUAAACAAACCAUUUGCCAUCUUUUCAAACUGUUUUAAUUUAGUGAAGGUCUUGACGGGAUCACAGUAUGAAAAAAGUGAUUUUGAAUGUCAUCCUUUAAUUUAACCCGUCUUUAUUACUGAUAUUAUUGUAAGUCACCGUUUAGUUUUAAUACCUUUAAGACUUUGCACAGAGUUUAUUCUUUUAGUUUUAGUUCCCCCCCCCCACACACUUUUAACCAAUGUCUUUCAAAUGCACACAAAUCUGAAGGCCAGUGCGUUAGUUUAAUUAUUGGGAAAUUCAUAGGAAAAGUCUCUAGUGAGAGCAUGGUUUAGCAUUUUGGAAUAUGGUGAUACUGUAGCAUGGGACAGCGGAGAACGUGUAUGUAAAAGUGGUUUAAUAAAGCCUUGUUCCGUUA